AUGGAGAGGAAUCGCAGCUUACUGGAGGUGAAACCAUUUCACUAUGACGUGAUCAUCAAUGUGGGAAAAGUAAUUCUUGGGGAACAGAAGAGAAAUAAGCUGCAGAAAGAUCAGAGAUAUCAAGAGAAGGUGAAAGUUAAACAGGCUGCAUGUGCCUUGCUGAAUUCAGGAGGAGGAAUGAUUGAGAUAGAAAUGGCAAAUGAGGAAGAACAUUCCAUCGAGAUGGGAUGUGAUUUAGAAGAGGCUUUGCGAGAGCUUAUUGAAUCUCGGGAUUUCCACUCUUUCUUUGAAACUAAGCAACAAAGCGGGUAUUUUUACAUUUUUGUGAAAUCUUGGAGUAGUGGCCCUUUCUCUAGAGACAGUUCCCUCAUGCCCCGAAUUUGCAGCCUGAGUUCUUCCUUAUACUAUAGAUCUGAAACUUCUGUGAAAUUAAUGAAUUCAGAAAAAGCAUUUCGUUUCCUGAAUGAAAAGAAAAGCAAUGCGACUGAGAUGAGUGGAAAUUGCCCACCGAGGAAAAAUCCCAGAUAUGAAGACUCUGAAUUAGAUUCUCCUAAUAAAGUUUUUCAAAGAGACAGAUUUGAAUAUGGUGAAAUUCUGCCAUUUCCUGAGUCUCGAUAUGUAGAGUUUAAACAAUUCUCUACGAAGAACAUUGAAAAGUACUUAAAAUGCACAAUUUCAGAGUAUAUACCUGCAUUUGCAAAUGAAAAAGGAGGCUAUCUUUUUAUCGGAGUGGAUGAUAAAAGUAAGGAGGUCCUGGGAUGUCCGAAAGAGAAUGUUAAUAUUGACAAAUUAAGUGGCAUAAUAGAAGAAUCAAUUUCCAAGUUGCAUACUUAUCAUUUUUGUGAUUCCCGACCAAUGGCAGUGGAUUAUGAGUCCAAGAUUAUAAACGUGUUUAAGAAUGGAAUUUUGCAUAGUUUUCUCUGCAUAAUCCAAGUGAAAGCAUUCUGCUGUGCAGUGUUCUCUGGAAAUCCCAGUUCAUGGAUAGUGAAGGACAAUGAAGUCUGCAGCCUGACAUCUGAGAAAUGGGUACAAAUGAUGAUGGGGGACACAAAUCCAGAGCUGUCUGAAGACUUUGAAUCUCAAUUGAAUAUCUCUGAAAGCUCUCCAAGUUGCAGACCAGUGUAUACUAAGAAAGGCUUGAAACAUAAAAAGGAUCUACAACAACAAUUAUUUCCAGUAAAACCAGGUUCUCUGUUGCUUACUCCAACAUCCCUCUGGACAGAGCUAUGCUCAGAACAUGAAGGACUGCAAGAAUUAAUGAAUAAUCAACUACAUCCUUUCUUCCAGGGAGUUUUAAUUCUUUCUAGAAGCUGGGCUGUGGACUUGAGCUUAAAAGAAAACAAAAGAGUCCUCUGUGAUGCCCUGCUGAUAGCACAGAACAGUCCCCCUAUUCUCUACACUAUUCUGGGAGAACAGGAUGCAGAUGGAUGGUUCUACUGCACCAAAACUGCCUUCACUUUGAAACAGAAGCUGGUGAACAUGGGGGGCUACACUAAGAGGCUAAUUGUCAUACCCAAACUCCUCCAUCUGUGUCCUGAGAGCAAUGUCCAGUCCUUGAGGUGCUUGAGUUCUUCAAUUGAUUAUCCCAAGUCCUAUAAUCUUGUAGACACCUGUCAAAUGGAAGCACUAUUACAAUCUCUCGUGGUUGUCAUGCUUGGCUUCAGAUCUUUCUUGAGUGACCAGCUCGGUUGUGAAGUUUUAAAUCUUCUCACCCUCCAACAAUAUGAGCUCAUCUCAAAAAACCUUCGUAAGCACAGAGAAUUGUUUAUCCAUGGCUUUCCUGGCACAGGAAAGACAAUCAUAGCCUUGAAGAUCAUUGAGAAGAUCAGAAAUGUGUUUCACUGUGAGACAAAUGACAUUCUCUAUGUUUGUGAAAAUCAACCUCUGAGAAACUUUGUUGGUAACAAAAAGAUCUGCCGUGCAGAGACACGGAAAAAAUUCAUGAAUGAUGACUAUGAAAAUAUUCAACACAUCAUUAUGGAUGAAGCUCAGAAUUUUCGCACUGAAGAUGGAGACUGGUAUGCAAAAGCAAAAGCCAUAACUCAGAAGAAUAAGAACUGCCCAGGAAUUCUCUGGAUCUUUCUAGACUACUUUCAAACUAGUCAUACAGAAGACAGUGGCCUCCCUAAUUUCUUAGUCCAGAAUUCAAAAGAAGAACUCACCAAGGUGGUUCGCAAUUCCGAUCAAGUAGCCAAAUUCCUACAAAAGGAAAUUGAUAGAGUCAGGAGAAAACCUCCAGAUAACAUUCCCCUGGGAUCCUUAGAGAUGUUACAUGAAGUUGAAUGGGUUCAAGGUGUGCAGGGAACUCUAACAACUGAAACAAACUUGACCUUGAAGGGUACAGUGGACUAUGUGGCACAAACUUGCAAGAGUCUUUUUGAAAGGGGCUACUCUGCCAAGGAUGUUGCUGUUCUUCUUAGCACCACAAAAGAUUUGGAUUUUUUCUACAGAAAACUGAGGAUGAAAAUGAGGAUGCUGAUUGGUAAUGCCUCUAACCUACAGAAUGAUCAUAUUGUGUUGGACAGUGUCCGUCGAUUCUCAGGCCUGGAAAGGACCAUUGUGUUUGGGAUCCACCCACAUACAGCUGACCCAACCAUCUUAGGAAACUUUCUAGUUUGUCUGGCAUCCAGAGCAAAUAAACAUCUAUAUAUCCUGUGGCACAAUGUCCAAUGUCCAUUUUGA